UAGGAAUACGAUAGAUGGCGAGACUCUUUAUAUAUAGUAUCAAGAUAUAUAUAUAUUGGUUAUUUAACACCUUAUAGGGUUUUCAACCGUAUUAAUAUGUACCAGAGAUAGUAGAUUGUCCUACUCGAUAGUGGAAAAAUCUAAAGAUAAAGAUUUAACUUGGAUAUGGAUUGAUCCAACUUUAAAUUUAAUGAACUCGAAUCAACCAUCUAACUUAACAUUUUCCGGGAAAUUUUAUGCUUUCGGUUUGAAAUUCGAUAAUUAUCUCGAUUCCACUUGGAAAUUGGCUGUUCGGUUUGCUAAUCAUAUUGCCAAAGUAGGCUUCUCCACGGUUGAUGAAGCACGUGAACUGUUGGCAGACAAUUUAGUAUUAGCCGCCUUAAAACUAGAAGAAAAUUGGCAUUGGAUUGGAGAUGGUAGACUACAGGACGGUUUGUUAAAUGUAACAAACUCUAGCAACUUUCUUCCACCUGUUAAAAAAGGUAGAAAAAUAAUUUACGCAUCAUUGUCACCUGAAAUGGAUUCUUUUUCCGUUCUCCUUCAACCAGAAAAUAGCUUGACACUCUGUAAAAAAGAGUUUUCAGAUCGUCACACUCACGAAGAUGUUCACGUCAAUGAUAUCUAUUCUGGGCUAUACGUAGCACUUUUGAGAAACUUUACAAAAUCUCGAAACCUUUCUUGGACUUUCGAUGCUCAAAUUCCAUCAACUUGUAAACGUCGGAAUUGUAAGAUUGGUGCAUCAAAAUACGAUCAAGCAAUUCUUGACUCUCUUACAGAAGGUCGUUCAGAUGUAUCAGUUGCGGGUAUCUAUAAUAAACCAGAAUAUGAGCGUUAUGUUAGCUUUUCUGAGCCUUUGGGCAGAGUUUGUCUAUCUGUAGUAACGCUACACGAGCCAUUAAAAGAUAGAAUUGCAGAACUGUCGUCUAUUAUUGAUACUUCGACAUUGUUGAGAAUUUUUGGCCUUGUAAUAAGCUGCAGCAUAGUUUUUUCAAUUCUUUAUUUUUUAAGCCCGUUUAGAGCAACAUCCAAUCCUUGUCGGUGUUUAAACAAUGGCUAUAAAUAUAAACGAAGCUUCUCAUGCGAUAGAUCACUUUACGGUUGGUUAUCUUCCGUUACAUCUGCAUUAGUCUACAAUGGAUUUGGUCCUGCUCCAGCAUCUUAUUCUUCGAAGUUCUUUCUCUUCAUGAUUUAUUAUGUUUCAUUUGUUCUAUUAAACGCUUUUAGGUCUUUAACUAUUUCAUCCAUUCUAAAAUGGAGAAUACUUCCGAGUUUAGGAGUUGAUGAUUUAAAUGAUGCUGUCGAUGCAUUAGACAAUGGGAUUGAGGUAUGGAUUGAAAACGACAGUUACGUUCACGACUUUUUACGAUCAAGAUCUCACAAAUCACCCUAUUCGUAUAUAAUAAAUGAUAUCGAGAAACACAAAUGGUUUGUUAAUAAUACAAAAACUGGAAUAAACAUAGUUUUGGACGGUGUUAACGGUAAAAGGCGUAUAUUUAUCGGAGAAAAUUUUAGGGUAUAUCAUCAUAUAAUAAAAGCUAAACCAAGGUAUUCAUGUUAAUAUGAAAUAUGUCUCCAAAUAGAAAUCUUAAUGAUUAUCAAUACUAUUUAGAUGUAAAUUAAAGAUUGUAGAAGAUUGUCGCUAUGGUUAUACACAUUUGUCAGUUGCGAUGGCGUUUCGAAAAGAAUCCAAUUUACACAUUGACUUUAACAAUUAUCUUCAUGAGAUAUUACCCACCAGAAAAAUUGAGACUAUAGCUAAUGACUAUAUGGAGAGUAGGCCAAUGGAUGAUUGCGGAGGAGUUUCUUAUUUCUCAGUUCCGUUAUUCAGACACAUUAAUCUUAGCCCAACACCAAACCAGCUAUAUAGGAUAUUUAGAUACAAUAUUUUCUUGAUUAUAGGUGUAUUCUUUUUUGGCUUAGUUCACCGUCAACUAUAUUCAUUAGUACAAAAUUUCCGUAUGAAGAGAGAUCGUAUUUAUCAAGCUCAAAUUAAUGAAUGGAGAUUAAUUAAACGAUUUGGCAAAAGCCAGUUAUCUGAGCAACUGACUGAGCUAAGUGAUGAGGAAGAGGAAGAUGACAUCAAUGGUCCAUUUGUUACAUUAAAGGACAAACUUUUAAAAUAUUUAAGUUCUAAUCUAGAGCGACCAGCCCUAGUAACUUUCAAAGAGAGAUCUGCUAUACCAUGAUCUGUCAUGUAAAAAAAAAAAACGAGUAUUUUUACCUUUCGCUACAUAACAAUCAAAUAUUUUUUCUAGAUAAAAGCAUUAUCAAAAGUCUGUAUGCUUUAUAGAACAAAGAAAUUCAUAUGUCAUAUAAUGCCUAGAUGAAAGAACACCUUAUGACACUCAAACCAUUUUUAAUUUACUUUCGUACUUUAGUUGCACCUUUGUCAAAAAAAAAGAAACAAUUCUAUAACUAUAUUUAGGAAAAAAUCAUUUAAGAAAUGGAAGGGAAUCUUGUUUUAAAGGAACUUUAAUCAUAA